UUUGUCAGCCAACUCAUCUACUCAGAUCGACUCCGCCGAAUUUCAGCACCAUGCAAAAUUUGGACUGUGAAAAAAAUGAUGAAUGUGAUGCUCUGGUCCUUAAGCCGAUUAUCACCGCAAAUAACUUCGGCUGGGCCGCCCUGAAAAAUCAGCUACGCAAAAUCUUUCAACUCUGCGAGCAGAAUGAUACUGGAAUACUGAACUCGUCGAUUCCCGAGUUGCAAAAGCAGGACCCGUCGUUAUGGGCCGCCACCGUCAUGUUGGUCGAGACUAACCAGGUCGUGAACUUUGGACCUGCUACCGACACGCGCUUCACCAUUCAGUCAAUUGUCAAAGUUCUGCUGUAUGCUUAUGCAGCCAAUCACCUCGGCAUGGAGGAGGUUUUUGAUCACAUCAAGUGCCGUGGCUUUGCAGUUCCCUACAACUCAGAUGCAAUUGUAGAAGGCUGUGCUCCAAACGCUUGUUUAAAUAGUGGAGCCUUGACCGCGAGUUUUUUGAUUCUUAACCGUGUCCACCCUGAUCUCACAUCUUGGUACCAAGUGUUUCUUGAAUUCCAGGCUUUUGUCAAGCGUAUCUGUGGUGGUCCUAUUAAAUGUGACUAUGAAACGUACCUGUCUGAAAUCGCAACGGCAGGGAAAAACAGAACCAUUAUCUCAAAACUCCAAGAAAGCGGCGCCAUUCCACUGCAAACUGACUGCGAAGACAUUCUUCAAUUCUAUACAAGUUGCUGUUCAUUGUUGGUGAACACGCGGCAAUUAGCGCACCUCGGUUUGAUGCUGGCGAAAAACGGCACCGGCAGGUCGGGCGUGCGAAUUCUGGAGGCUCGCGUGGCGCAGGCCUGUUUGGCGCAAAUGAUGCAGGCGGGCCUCUAUGAAGAGACGGGCGAUUUGUUCGCCUCGACCGGCCUGAUCGCGAAAAGCGGCGUCUCCGGAGGGCUCGUCGCUGUUUCCCACAAGAAGCUGGCCGUCGGUCUCUUCUCGCCGCGCCUCAACGCUUACGGCAAUUCGGCGCGAGCCCUCCAGUUUCUCAAAGAGCUGAGUUGUGCCUUUCCAGCAAUCCAGCAUUGGACAGAAGAUAAUUUUGAAUUUUGAUUGAAAAAAAAAAGAUGAAAAACUAAAAUUUAAUGAGAAACCACUAUGCAGUGAGGAGGUGGUAAAAUGCGAUGCAAUACAAAUAAAAUUGUUUUUUGCUUUUUCUUUUAUAAUAAAGCUCAAUUAUUAUUAUUUUUUACUAUUUUAAUA